CGUGUUCUGUGGAAGCGCGGAAAACGCUCGAGAGCAAUCAAAGUGUCCCAUGUCUAUAGUACUCGCAUCCGUGGUGCAAAGUGAAGACAAGACGGCGUAUUAAAUCCGAUAUCAAGUUUGCGUGUAGUACGUGCAACCGCAAAUAUUCUAUGAUUUACCUAUGAGCAGAAGCUAUUGUGCGUGCAGCUCUGAUAAAGCGAAUGCUAAUUCUUGCGUGCAUGCAAUAAAUCCAAAAAAACAGCAACAAACAAUUGAAAUAAGCAAGCAGCGAUUAAACCAAAGCUCAAUGCAGUUAGCCAAAUGUGUUAUAGAUAAAGCAAAUUCCACGCAGGAAUUCACAAUUGCAAAAUGCGUUUAAAUGCAACGACAACAAAAGCAGCAAAACCAAAAACAAAAACAACAACAACCACUCGACUUAGCAAGCGAACAACAACAACAUCAACAUUAACAAAACGACAAAUUGAACGCUUUUUAUGCAACUUAAUACAUUUAGUGAUACUAACAACAACAAUUAUGUGCUCAGUUAGUGCAAUUGGCACUGGUCUAUUGCGCCUGCCAAAGGCCAAAGCCAGUCGUGUGAGUAACAACAACGACAAUAUGCACGACUAUGCGCCGCAAUUUGAUGAGUUGCUGCCAGUAACAGCAGCAACAUCUGCCACUGUCGAGUUGCCAGCAACAGCAACAGCGGCAACAGCAGCAGCUACAGCAACAUCCGCCGUAUUUCAAUUUACAGCUGCAGCGGCCGACACACACAUGCCAACCCACACACAUAUGCAGUCGACACGGAUUAGUUACGAUUCCAAUGAAAUCGAUAAUUCCUAUGCUGCCGCAGUAGAACCAGCAGCAGCAGCAGAUGUUGCUUUGGAUGCUGCUGCCGCCGAUGACGUCGAAACAGUCGCUGAUGAUUACAUCAUGGUUGCUACAACCGACGAGAAAAAUGACAAACCAGCAACAGCAGCAGCAGCAGCAACAAUGGCAACAGCAACCAGCUCGUGGCAUUUAAUGAAUGCAAGAGCACAAGAUUUAUUAUCCUUAUCGCAGCUAAGUUCAGAUGGAACAUCAUCUGCGCGAACGCCAGCGCAACACGAGAAAAACGCAUCAAGUCUGAAAAACUCCAUUGGAGGCGCCAUAUCUUCUGCUGGCACAACAUUUCAACAAAUUGGUUCACAAAAAAUCAAUGGGCAUGUGACCACAGCCCCAGCAAACAAUAGUGCGGCAAAUCAACCGGCUGCAACGCCUUCCUCCAUAUCUACAGCAUCGGCCACUCACCGACCCGUCGUACACAACUCGGCCAAGAAAGUGGAUAGUAAAUAUAUUCUGCCCAAGCCGCAAAAGACCGAUGCACCAAUGCUCAACUAUAUCUUUGAUACGCAUUCAUCGGCCAACAAGCAUCAUCAUCAUGAUCAGAGAUACGGGCCACAUUUUGAGGACGUGCAACGCGUGGGACAGCCAACAAAUAUGACUGUGCAGGCGGGCAGCAGCAUUCAUUUAAAUUGCAGAAUCUCAUUGCUGCAAGAUAAGACUGUCUCUUGGGUGCGUCGCAGUGCGCAAAAUGAGGAAAAUGCACUAGAUUUGCUCACAGUGGGCCUAACGGCCUAUACUGGUGAUAAACGCUAUAAAAUGGAAUUUCAAUAUCCCAACAAUUGGCGACUGAGAAUUGUGAACGUUAAAAAGGAUGAUGAGGCCACCUAUGAAUGCCAGAUAUCAACGCAUCCGCCACGCGUUAUACAAAUUAAUUUGCAUGUUAACGCCCCAAAAGUUAUGAUUGUGGACGAGUAUGGAGAUCCAUUGCAGGAGAAAUAUUAUGAAAUUGACUCAACGUUGCAAUUGUCCUGUGUGGUGCGUAAUGUGGCCAUGACCAGCUCUGUCGUAUUUUGGAAGCAUAGCGACGAUACGCUCAACUAUGAUGUCACGCGUGGUGGUGUUAGCGUUAAAACUGAACUGAUGGAGGAUGGUGCAAACUCAACUUUGUCUAUAGCCAAAAUAAAUAAAGCGGAUUCGGGCAAUUAUACUUGCGCUAUAAGUGAAUUUCAAAACUUUAGCAUUGUUGUGCAUAUACUGAAUGGCGAAAGUUUUGCUGAGCUGCAUCUGGUCGCAUCUGGUCUUGUUCAACCCGCUUGGCUUAAUAUGUUUGGCAUAUGUCUGCUAUUGUUGUUAAUUAGCGAUUGCAGAUGGUUUACCUUAAGCUAAAGUUAACAAAGUGGUGCAUAUGUUUUUUUCUAUGCAUUUUCUGCUAAAAAUAUAUGUAAUAGUCAUAAAUUGUUCAAACUGGUAGUCCUCUUGUGUACAUUUUUGUUAAUUAAUUGUAAAGAUUUUGACAACUAGCAUGAAGUUAUUAGAAAUAACUAAAAACUAAGUUUAAAACAAGUUUAAAAAUAAAUGAAACUAAAACUGAAUAAUUGUUAAUGACUUAAGCACGUACUCUAAGUAAAUGCCUGCUGAUAAAAAUUUAUAUGGUUUGAUUGUUUUACAUUUAUUAAACUAGCAAAAAUUUGUACAUGUAACAGCACACAAACAUACACAUAAACAUACAUAUAGACAUAUUAAAUUAAUGUUAAACUAAGUCUGGCGCCAAGUAUGCCAACGAAUUUCCAUAGAACAUUUAAAAUGAUGCAUAUAAAAUACAGGUAUAAGUCUAAAUAUCUAUAAAAACGAAGAAAGACAGAGUGGAAAUUAAAUCGAAAGCUCUACACUGGCAUACAUAGCUUAGGCUUAAGUACUAUCACAGCCUAAGCCAUGUACUAUAAUUGAAUGCUUAAAGGUAACUAGCGUCUAAGCCAAUAAAUAAUUAAUAAAUACAACAACUACAAUGAUAAAA